AUGGCUUUUCUGCCUCGUAUAAUGCACGCUAAGAAGAUUGUAAGCAGGUCUGUUUCUGGUCUUGCUAAAAGUGUUCCAAAAGGCUAUUUUGCAGUAUAUGUUGGAGAGGAACAGAAGAAGCGAUUUGUGGUACCCAUAUCAUACCUGAAUGAGCCUUCCUUUCAAGAACUGCUAAGUAAGGCAGAGGAAGAAUUUGGGUUUGAUCAUCCAAUGGGUGAAGGAGCAGAGCAGGAAAUGUCUACUCACAUGACAGAAAUCCCUGAAGUUUCUCAAGAAAAUGGUGGUCUGGGAAUCCAUUCGCCGAGGAUCAUUCAAGUUAAGCAUAUCUCCAAUGAGUGCAGAUGA